GUACUUUUAUGUCGUAUUGUCGUGUACUCAAAAAUAUAAAAACAGACACUAAGUUUCUUGUCGUGUACAAAAUUGCUGGGUCUAUAUAUUACUGAUUUUUACUUUGCUAAAAUUCUGAAUGUUCUAAAAUUUGGACAUGAAUGCAGAAUGAUAAAACUGAACCAUUGGGAGAUUUUGUGGUGGACUGGGAUUCUCCUCGUUCUGAAGAUGUGGUUUUGAGAAAGACGUGCAAUUCAGGUGAGGAACUUGCUGUUACUACUGCUUUGCUUGGUGAAGAAACCAUUGAAGACGAUGAUAGGCUUCCCAGGGAAGCUUUGAUGAAGGUAUGCAUUAAAAAGCCUGGAUUAAGCUCUAUAUUGCAAUUUGACUGUGGAGUUUUCAGUAAAGGUGAAGAUGGCAUUGAGUUUAAUAUCCGUCAUGCUCACUAUCUCCCGUCAACAAGCAGUUUGGGGUCUUCACUUUAUAGAGGUCCCUUAUUUAGUACUUUGGAUCCCCAGUUGCAGGAUGAACUCAAGCAAUAUUUAGUGACAAAGGGGAUUGGAAAAAGCCUCACCAACUUCCUCCUCCUGCACCUACAUAAGAAGGAACAAAAUCAGUAUGAGAACUGGCUGGAGAAAUUGAAAGCUUAUAUAGCUCAAGGCCAAGAGACUGAUUCUUAGGCAAUUUAGAGGAUUAGAUUAAUGUGCUCAUGUUGCUUCUACAUGCACAAUGUACUAUUGUUGGACAAAACUUUGACAUUGAUUGUGAGGCGGUUUGGCUCAUAUUAAAUUGUGACUUGUGACCUCUGACUUAACGUUAA